AUGCGCGUGAUGACCUUCGGCGCGUGUUGUUCCUCAAGCAGUGCCCAAUAUGCAAAAAACAUAAACGCAGAGCGAAUGAGCGGACAAUACCCAAAAGCAGCGGACAUCAUUCAAAGGCGUCACUACGUGGACGACAUGUUGAUAAGCGUCGAUACGGAAGAAGAAGCAAUACAGUUGGCAAGGCAAGUGAGGUUCAUACACGAGCAAGGAGGCUUUGAAAUCAGAAACUGGACCAGCAAUUCUCAACGAGUGUUGGCAGCUUUGAAUGAAGGCAGAACCAUCGAGAAGAAUCUUGACAUCUCGCCGGAGUUGGCAACAGAAAAGGUGUUGGGAAUGUGGUGGUGCACUGCAUCCGAUGUUUUCACCUAUAAAAUUGGAUGGAACCGUUAUGAACAAUCUCUUCUGCAGGGUCAUCGACGUCCAACCAAACGUGAAAUGCUUCGAGUGUUGAUGUCCAUGUUCGACCCUCUAGGGCCAAUUGCACAUUUCUUGAUGUACCUGAAGGUUCUCCUCCAAGAAGUCUGGCGGUCCGGUGUAAAUUGGGAUGAAGAAAUCAAUGAUGCACUCUUCACUAAGUGGCGUGCAUGGCUCCAGGUUCUCCCACAGGUAGAAACACUCAAAAUUAGACGUUGCUACCGUAAGCGACUCCCAGCAAGUUGUACCGCAGGGGAGCUACAUACGUUCGUCGACGCGAGCGAAAAUGGAAUGGCCGCUGCAUGCUAUAUACGUUUCUCCCAGGGUGAAACCACCGAAUGCAGUUUAGUAGCUGCUAAAACCAGAGUAGCUCCCUUAAAGUUUUUUUCAAUCCCAAGGCUUGAACUGCAAGCAGCAGUGCUCGGCGUGCGAUUAUCGCAAGCCGUUGCUGACUCUCUAUCAGUCAACAUAACACGACGAAUAUUUUGGUCAGAUUCCCGUGACGUUAUAUGCUGGGUUAAUUCGGAUCAUUGCCGGUUUAUGCAAUUUGUAGCACAUCGAGUUAGCGAGAUAUUGGACUCCACAGAAGCAGCAGACUGGAGCUGGGUUCCCACCAAACAAAACGUGGCUGACGACGGCACGAAAUGGGUGCAUAAUCCGGUUAUGUCGUCUGAAGACCGCUGGUUUACAGGACCAGAGUUUCUUUGGCGCUCGGACAGGGAUUGGCCGUGUCAGCCGUCAAUAAAUGGUCAAACUGAAACUGAACUACGCCCGUACCGCUACUGCAUUUUCAGACAGCCAAGCCGCUUUUUUGCGUGA